AUGGGAGAGCUCCCAAUUCCUCGGGGACUGGUAGGUCUGCACAGUCCGUGGCUCGUGACUCAGCCUUCUUGGGGUCAUUUCACGGACAGCAGAGGGGAGGGAAAGGACCUGAGGUCCGAGUCAGGAGGAAGGGAUGCUGGGCCCUGGUUGGAGAGGUGCGGCCUGGCCCCGGGAGGAGGAGAGUGGGCCGGGUCUGCCUUCUCUCUCCCCUCCCACCUGCUCCCUCCCACUCACGCGGAAUCGCUGCCUCCUUCCCUCGCUUGAUCCCGCAGCUCCGCUCGGCAGCCGGGUGAGCUCUGCCCAGUCGCCCCGUGCAGCCGCCGCAGCGCAGCCAACAUGUACGUCUGCAGGGCUGCCUGGCAGGCGCUAGCCGCUCGCUUGGCCAGCGUGUCCUCCACUGCCACCCUGCUCAGAAAGCAUGCACCUCUUCGCCAGAUGUCAUCUGGCAGCGUCCCUGGCUCUUCUGGGGAGAACCUGAUUUACUAUCUGUUUGCUGGUGUGGCGUGCACUGCUGGUGGAUAUUAUGCCUACAGAACAAUCACGUCAGACAAAAAGAGGUACAACGAACGUAUUCAUGCUAUUCAGCAGAGUAAUACAGCUGAGUGGAAACCAAAACCCUGGCCACCCCAGUGUGAUGAACUGGAGACAGCGGAAGUCACUGAAGCAAGCGAGCAGGCCACAGAGGCACCUACAGAAGAGGCUGAAGCACUAACUGCUGAUGAAUCUACAGAACAGAAUGAGAGGUCUAUGGUAUCCACAGAAGCUGAAGUGGAAAAAGAAUCAUCAGUUGCAGAUGCAUCCUCUGCUGUGGAAGAAGCACAGCAUGAAGCCACUGCUAGUUUGGAGGCUGCCCAAGUGCAAGAAGUUGUGGGUGAAGGCUUGGAUGUUGCAGCAGCUUCUGCUCAUGAGGACAAUGUAGACAGUAUUCAAGAAGGAACAGCCUCAGCAGCUCAAGAGAUGCCUGACACAUCCUCAAGGAACCAGGAGGCUGUUGAGGAUGAGUCUGGGCAGGAUGCAGAAGCUUCUUCGGCAACAACGGGAUCUCAAGAAAUUCCUAAGGAUUCUUAAAGUGAGCAACAGUGACGCCUUUGAAGAGUUUCACAGAAAUAUGUAUGACAAUCAACCAGCUGACUGAUGUUCUGAAACCUAAUGUUCUUCUUUGGAGAUGUAAAACAAAUCUUGCAGGUUGUUGCACCUAAAACUGCUUGUUAGGGCUAGCAUUUGAUAUUUUGAUGAGUAUUCAUUCCUUACAACAGACAACCUAACAUGGCGUAGUUUGUCAGAGAGAAAUAAGCUUUUGCAGUGGGUAUGCUCCUUUCUGAAUCAGAGACACAACAUACAGUAAUAUAGGUCAAGGUACCAUAUAGUACACACUAAAUCUAUUUAUCAAGAAAACAGUAGAUUUAAUUAAAUCCACGGCAGGUGAACUUUUGUUUAAGUUUUUUGUUUAAAUCUAGUUGUUUACAUUGACUCCUUACCCGUAUUCUAAGCUGUGAAAGGUGAUUAUAACAUUGCAAUAUUCCACACUAGUC